AUGUUGAGGAGGGUGCUAAGCCUGAAGGCUACCCAACUCGCGGUGCGCACGCAGCGCUUUUUCUCACACGGGUUGAUAAAUCUGGGUAUCCUUGCACACAUCGAUGCGGGGAAGACGACCAUAUCGGAGGACAUCCUAUACAACGCCAACGAAAUAAAGGUGAAGGGGAGUAUCCACGACCAGAACACGCAGCUGGAUUUUUUAAGGCAAGAGAGAGAAAGGGGAAUAACAAUCAAGACUGCCUACUCAUGCUUCAAAUGGAAUAAUGUAAAGGUAAACUUAAUAGAUACCCCAGGACAUGUGGACUUCAGCAACGAAACGUUCCUCUCAUUAUGCGUCUCAGAUAAGUGUGUCAUCGUGGUGGAUGCCAAGGAGGGAAUUCAAAUUCAAACCUUCCACCUCUUCCACUACAUAAAGGAAAAUCUCCCCAUUUUUUUUUUUUUAAAUAAAAUGGACAUACACGAAACGGAUCUAAAUUACAACAUUGAAAAUUUAAAAAAGACUUUGAGUAGGAAGAGUGUCCUUGUGACUUAUCCUUUGUAUGAGAAUAAGGUCUUGAAGUUUAUUCUGGACCUGCCUUCCAUGUCGCUUUAUUGGUAUCCACAGGGGAGAUAUGGGCAGAAAUUCACUUACAACAGGAUUGAUUUCGCCUCAGUUUUGCAACACCUUGACUGCAAUGUUGUGAGGAGUCAUUUUGCCGCCAUAGGGGUGAGUCAAGCUACCUCAACUGCUGCUGAGGAGAUCACCACGGAGCGCCUCCUAAAAGUGCUAUCUAGAGAGACUAUUCAUCACAUUUUACAGAAAAGGGAGGAGCUCGUGGAGGCGCUCUGUGAUUUGGAGCCCGACCUGGAGCGCAAGUACGUAAACAAUGUCUGCAUAGAAUACAGCGAGGUGAGGAAGUGCCUAGCCAAGUGGAUAAAACUGAAGCAGAUCUUCCCCGUGUUUGCCGGGAGUGCACUCAAUUCCUUUGGUGUUCACCUCCUUCUGGAUUACGUCACUAACGGUGGUGUGGCGCUGGGGGAUGACAACCACUCCAAUAGGGAGGUCUCCCCAUCUGGAGUAAAAGCACCACAGAUCGGCUCCAAAACGAACGUUAUGCAGGGUGACAUCCUAGUGGGAUCUUCUCCAAUGGGUGUAAGUCAACCCACUGGAGCAGGACGCAACAAUGGGGAGACCCUCCCCCCUGUUGCAGCUAACCCUUCGCAUCACGACGCAAGCAUUACCAUUCAACCCCCCAACAGGAUUAACAAAACGUACCCACCCUUGCAGCGCUACAAAACUGUCCUUUUCAUCUUCAAGCUUGUGAGCGAAAAAAAUGGACACAACACAUUUUGCAAAGUACUCAAGGGAGAGCUAGCUAAAAAUGCCAAGGUUCUAAACCUGCGAAGUGGAGAAACAGAAGUGGUGAAGGGCCUUUACAAAGUCAAAGCGGAUAGGUAUGUUAUGAUAAAUCUGUUGAAGACGAACGAUAUAGGAAUGGUUCGUGGGUUGGAACAUGUCCUCGUCUGCGACUUUAUGUGCGAAUUGGAGGAAUCGUCUUGUAACGUAGAUUGUGGGGACGUAGUGGGGGGAGACCACCGGAUCAGUACCACCAUGUUGCGCAGUAACAAUGAUGGCGCAGCUGACCAGAAAAGGAAAAAAAAAAGCGAGGCGACCGGCCAAGAAAACCAACCAAAACAACUUAACCAGAAUAACUCCCUCCAGGACAUAUACAAAUAUAUGAAACACGAAAUAGAAAGCAAAGAAUUGUGGUUCUUUCUGAAGAAUUAUAAAAAACGGAUAAGCAAAAAUGUCAUCGUGUGCACAUGCGCUAUAGAGCCAAAGGAUUGUAAAAAGGAAAGCGAACUUAAGCAGGUGCUGCGAAACAUCUGCUUGGAAGAUAACAGUAUCGUAGUCUACACAGACCCCAAUCGAAAGCUCGUCAUUGGAUCUAUUGGUAUUUUAAACAUUGAAGUCACGUUGGAUAAAAUAAAAAAUGACUAUAACAUAGAUAUAAGGACUGAGGAGGUGGAAGUUGUAGAGAAGGAGUAUCUUACGGGACACUACGAGGAGACCAUAACGAAAGAGAUGAAGGUGAACUCAAACCUUUCCAACGUAACAAUUGGCUUAACCAUUCGUGAGAAGGAGUUCGUGGAUGUUUCGAGGUUCGUUCAAAAUGCGCUGAGGUAUGAUAGCGUGUCCAAGUUGGUGGGGUCGACUAGGGGGCAAGCAGUCAUCGAGGAAGCAACCAGUGAGAAGCAAAAAAUCACUAUGAUACAGCCGAAUGGUUCCUUGCCGACCGAACUGAACGGACAUGACUCUGUUUUUUGUGCCGCACCCCAAAGGGGGAAUCUGCCCCCAAAUCAACCAAACUGCACCAUUGAGGUGGAGCUUAACAGUCCGGACGAGGGGGUAACUGAUACUGUGGGGUGGGGAAAGUGCACAACCGAAAUUAGUAUUAACGCGAACUGUGAAGGAGGUCGAAUCAACGGUUCACGUGAUUGGGCGAGUGGGUCGAAAGAUGAUCCCCGUCCACAAGCGGAGCUCCCGGACGAAGAGGCAGGUGAAGACGUGAAUGAAGACAUGGACGAGUACCUCCUCAACUUCAACUACGAGGAUCUGUUCAAAAGCAGCGUUCGCGUCCAUAGGGACGUGCACCUGUACAUUGCCGAUCUGCAGAGCAAAAAAAAAAAAAAAAAAAACUUUUACGAAGAAAUUUUACAGAGCUGUAUUGUCACCCUGAAGAACUGCCUAUCCAGUGGCUUCCAAACAAGCGGAAGCAUCAUCAGCACGGAGGUAGAAAUUACAAAGUUGGACAUAUCGGAUGACACCACUGUAGCCGUGGCCAAGUACGCGUGUAAUGACUUGUACUAUCGAAUGAUUAAGCGAGCCAACGUGUGCGUAGCGAAGCCUAUAUCUCUACUGCAAAUUCAGACGGACGAAUCCUUCGUCGGCAUCAUAGUGAAGGACCUAAUUCAGCAAAGAAGUGGAACCAUUAUUCAGAUCACGAAGAAUAAUGACUCCCGCCAUUUUAAGAGCAUGAAGAUCUUCGCUAUCGUUCCGGUUAAGCAUACGCAUAACUACGCCUCUACUUUGAGGUCCAUUUCGAGUGGCCACGCCAACUGUUUGAUGACCUUUUGCGGUUACAGCAGGGAGGGGUAA